UAUAAUUCAAUACGGAUAUCAAUUUUCCCUGUUUUACCCUAGUCCCAACCGAGUUCGUCUUCAACUCUGUGACUGAAGUUGAAUAAAAUAAGAUACUGCAAUGACAAGGGCAACUCGCCGAUCAAAGAAGCGAAGAAAAGUUCUGAAACGGAAGUUGAAUAAAUGUAGACCUAACAAGGAAUUAGAAGGUGUUAUUAGCCCAAAGGUUAAGAAAUACUGGCUGCAAAGGUACAGUUUAUUCUCAAGGUACGAUGAAGGUAUAAAACUGGACGAAGAAGGAUGGUUCUCCGUGACGCCGGAGGAAAUUGCAGUCCGUCAUGCACAGCGGAGUGUUGCAGGUGGAGUUGUUGUUGAUUGCUUUGCUGGUAUGGCUGGUAAUUCCAUUCAAUUUGCUGCACUGGGCUAUCAUGUUGUUGCCAUAGAUAUUGAUCCUAAAAAGGUUGAAAUGGCAUCAAACAACACAAAGAUCUAUGGCGUGGAUAGCUAUAUUGAUUUCAUUGUGGGAGACUUUUUGCAACUAGCACCAUCUCUUAAGGGCAAUGUAGCAUUUCUUUCGCCACCAUGGGGAGGUCCGUCAUAUAAAAUGACGGAAAAUUUUACUCUCAACUUGCUGAAGCCAGUGGACGGGCACACAUUGUUUCAAGUAGCUCAAACGAUAACCCCGAACAUCAUAAUGUUUUUGCCACGAAAUGUGGAUGUUUGCCAAGUUGAAGAACUCUCGUGGCUGUCUUCUCCCCCUCUAAAUGUUGAGAUCGAAGAAAAUUAUGUACGGGGAUUUUUAAAGGGUAUAACGGCUUAUUUUGGUAAAACUGCAUAUUGGGGUGUAGCUCAAGAGGCAAGUUCAGCUCAUAUCCGUGAGGUUUAAGGCAUGGUUUAUGCGUUACUGAUGUAUUCUGCAGUAGUAUCACUCAUUUAACUCAUACUGGGAGUGCCUUCUUUCUGGAUGAGUUCUGUACAUUAUAAUAUUAGGAUUAUAGAAUCUAUCUUAUUGUUUGGGGAUAGGUUUUUGUUAAUUGUUUAGAAUAACACAGCUAAAUAGUGAUGAUGAUGUGGCCAUUUGGUCACAAAUCAAGAUCAUGGGUGUUCAUAAACCCGUUGAAACCGCUAAACGGUUGCAAAUUGAUCGGUUCAGCCAGGUUUGCGGUUUGAUGGUUUAACGGGUUGGAACUUGGAACCACCUGCUGUUUAACCUUUAUUAUGACUUUUUAAUUUUAUUUUAUUGGUCGGGCAGACCCAACCAAGCCCGACCGGUUUAUGUGAGGAUAAGAUGAUAUUCUCUUCAUGGGUAGGUUGUCAUUGCCAUCAAUCAAGAUCACUUCUUUUU